UCCCAUUUCAUUAUUUUUGUUUUCGGUCUUCGGCUCGGUUUCGGAGCUUUAAUAUUGUAUUUCUUAAAAAUAUGUAAUAUCUCUGCAUAUCUUUGAAAAAUUUUAAGAAACCUUUCUUCAUAUUGCCUUCUCAUUAAAGAUUAUUCGACAGUAUCAUUCGUCAAUUCCCUUCAAAAUGAGUACAACAGAAGAACUUGAAAGUAAACUAAGCGAUGUAGAAAAGGAAAUAAAAAAGGUUGAAGUUGAAAUAACCAAAUGGAGAAGAAGGCAACAGCAGCUUCACGAGAAGAAGACUGAAUUGAUCAAUGCUAUAAAUACUGUGAAAUCGAACAACCUAGCAAGUGUAGACUGGGCCGGUACAGAGUAUGAAUGGUCUGAUAAAGUUAAGAAGAUAUUACAUGAUACUUUUAAGAUAAAGUCAUUUAGGCCAAAACAGUUAAGUGCUAUUAAUUCUACGUUAUCAGGACAGCACGCUAUUGUUGUCAUGCCCACUGGAGCCGGUAAAAGUCUUUGUUAUCAAUUACCUGCUUUAGUAAAACCUGGUCUCACGGUCGUUAUAUCACCGCUUGUGUCACUAAUGGAGGACCAAGUCAGAUCUCUUUCUAAGAAGAAUAUUCCAGCCAAACUUAUGACUAGCACCAGUUCUAAAGAAGAAACCAUGGCUGCAUUAAACAUGUUAAAGGACAAAAAUUGCCCUAUACAAUUACUGUAUGUUACUCCAGAAAGAUUAGCUAAGAGUAAGCGCUUCAUGUCUAAUUUACAGAAAUGUCAUUCAGAGGGCCGAUUGCAGAGAAUUGCUAUUGAUGAAGUUCACUGUUGCUCCCAGUGGGGCCAUGAUUUUAGACCUGAUUAUAAAUACCUUGGUGUAUUGACUAAUCUCUUUCCAAAUGUACCUUUAUUAGGAUUAACAGCUACUGCCACAUCACAUGUACUCAGUGAUGUCCAAAAAAUACUUAAUAUCCCUGGCUGCCUCAUUAUAAAAUCCACAUUUAACAGACCAAAUUUGUACUACAAAAUACUUGAGAAACCCACAUCGCAGGAAGAAUGUCUCAAAAUACUAGAAAAAUUGUUGAAAUUUAGAUAUAAUAGUGAAAGUGGUAUUAUUUAUACACACAGUAUAAAAGAUUCUGAAGACAUAACUGAUGGGUUACGUAAAAGGGGUUUAAAAGUAGGUUGCUAUCAUGCUAACAUGGAUGCUAGUGCUCGAUCUAGUGUUCAUGCUAAAUGGCAUGACAAACAUUAUCAAGCAAUAGUUGCCACUGUAGCAUUUGGGAUGGGUAUUGACAAACCUGAUGUUAGAUUUGUCAUUCAUCACACCAUUAGCAAGUCCAUGGAGAACUAUUAUCAAGAAAGUGGUAGGGCUGGCCGUGAUGGGAAGAGGGCUGAGUGUGUUACUUUGUAUCGAAUGCAGGACGUCUUCAAAGUAAGCACUAUGGUGUUCUCAAAUGUAGGGAGCCUAGACCAUUUGUAUGGUAUGGUAAAGUAUUGUCUGAAUGGCACUUUAUGUCGCCGACAAUUAAUAGCUGAGCAUUUUGAUGAGGACUGGGGAACUGCUGACUGCAACAAGAUGUGUGAUGUGUGCAGUAACCCUAACAGUAAUGUGAAAGAAAUAAACCUGGAGGCGCACUGUAAAACAUUGGCUGCUAUUAUAGAGAAUGCUGAAAAACAAGACACAAAGUUAACAGCUCAGAAGUUGCUAGAUGCAUGGUUUUUAAAGGGCCCAGUUAAUCUAAGGCAAAAGGGCAAAGAGCCCAGUUUCUCUAGGACUAUAGGAGAAGAUGUCAUAGCAUUUUUACUAAUAGAAAGUUACCUUGUGGAAGAUUUCCACUAUACAGCAUAUUCAACUAUCAGUUACAUAAAGAAGGGUCCUAAUAUGGAUAUAGGAACAACAGAACUAUUGAUGCCAGUUAGGAAAUAUUCAGCAUUUGAAUUGCAAGAGAAAGCACCUAGUGAUUUCAAUUCUCCACCAAAUACAGAUACAAUGAGUGUGUCAUCUCAAAUGUCCAGUGAAUCAAAGAAAAGAAAAUCAAAAGAGACCAGCCCAAAUAUCAAUGAAAGAAAGCCCAAAAAAUCAAAACCUAUUAUUAUUGAUGAUGAUGAUAAUUGACUUGCAGAAUAAAACGCGUCACAUUAACCAUACUUUAAUUUUUAA